UGUUAGAAUCUGGGAACAGCUCGUGUCCGUAUAUGUGUAGGCAUAUAUAAGCUCUACAACAACCAAAAGUUAUUACUUGGUAGUUGUAGAUUCAUUUCAAAGUUGAAACAACAUUGUUGUUAUUGAGGCCAAGUAUUUCUGAUGGAAGUGAUCAACAAUUUUGUGAGUCUGAAGUCACACAUAGAUGGUUCGCCGCAAGAAAGUGAUUUUGAAAUCUUAACUGAAACACUUCCUUUGUCGGUUGUGGCUGGAUCCAAAGAUGUGCUAGUGAAAAACAUGUAUGUGUCUAUUGAUCCGUACCAGUUGAACCGGAUGAAGAGUCUCAGCUCCUCGCAGACCAGUGGUUCAAGUUAUGCAGUCGGUGUCACACUUGGCCAGGCCAUUGAUGCUUAUGGUGUCGGCAAGGUUGUAGCUUCCGGUCAUCCUGAUUUUGAGAAGGAUGAUUUGGUUAUUGGACUAAUCAGCUGGGGAGAGUAUAGCAUUGUGAAAGAGGGGAGCAUUUUGAACAAACUGAACUCACUGGGAUUUCCCUAUACGUACCAUGUUGGUAUCUUAGGAUUCAGUGGACUUACAGCCUAUGCUGGUUUCUUUGAUGUAUGCAAACCUAAGAAGGGGGAGAAAGUGUUUGUAUCCGCUGCUUCUGGUUCCGUAGGCAAUCUAGUUGGACAAUAUGCAAAGCUUCUCGGAUGCUAUGUUGUUGGCUGCGCUGGUACCCAGAAAAAGGUGGAUUUGUUGAAAAGUAAACUUGGAUUCGACGAAGCGUUUAAUUACAAAGAAGAAGGAGAUCUGAAAGCAGCUCUGAAGAAAUACUUUCCAGAUGGCAUAGACAUAUAUUUCGACAAUGUGGGAGCAGAAAUGUUGGAGGCAGCAGUUGCUAACAUGAACUCAUUUGGCAGAGUUGCUGUGUGUGGUGUGAUAUCUGAAUACACAGACAAAGCAAAACGUGCGGCGCCUGAUAUGAUAGACGUUGUGUACAAACGAAUAACUAUCAGAGGAUUCUUGGCCGGAGACUACAUGUCCUUGUUUCCGGAAUUUAUGACAGCAACAACUGAUCACCUUCAGACUGGAAAAAUGCAUGCACUUGAAGACAUUUCACAAGGUCUAGAAAGUGUUCCAUCAGCUUUUGCAGGGAUUUUUCGUGGCGAUAAUGUUGGGAAGAAGAUUGUUCAAAUCGCGGAGGAGUGAAAAGUUUGGUAUCUUGAGGAACCUUCUACUUUAUAGUCUCUACAGUGUUUUGUAUUGUUAAUUGCAGAGUUUGAUUCUCCAACUGAACCUGUAUUUUACCAAAAACGGCUAAAAGGUCUAAUUGUUCUAAAUUCUCUGCCAAUACCAAAUAUGAUAGAAAUAUCACGUGAAUGUUUGGCUACUA